UUACACCAAAAUCUCGAAUACGCGUGUGGACAUAAAUUUAUAAGUAAUAAGGCACUAUUUACCCGGAUUAUUCCCGGUAAUGUAAUAAACAAAAUUAAUUCUCUGUAAUAUAAAUUGCAAUUUAGAGCGUUUGCGUAUUUAUACAACAACUGGCCUAAUUAUCAUAGUGUAAAUUUAGCCGGUAUUUCACAUUGCAAAAUCUUUUGGAAUUGUCGGGUUAUUUUGCAACAAAGAUAUGACUGAACCUGCUAAACCGCACGAUGGAUUCCAAAUCCAAUUUUCAUACACCAAUAAAGAUACAUACUGGAAAAGAUCAAUAACAUGUCCAACAGCUCGACAACUCAUCAUAUUGCUCAUACUUUUAUCCACCGCAGGAUUACUAGGAUUUGCAAUAAAAGUCUACCUAGACUCAACCCAAGAUGAACCAAUCCUGAUAACAAGAUUCGACUGGUUGGCUCAACCUCCCGCCACGCCAGUAUCCACCAUCAAAACCCCAUUAGCCUUGGUAAUAAUCCACCACACGGCUACAUCGCCCUGCGACAGCAAACCUCAAUGCAUCCUGGCAACCAGGAACAUCCAGGAAUACCACAUAGCGAGCAAAGGCUGGAGCGACAUCGGCUACAAUUUCCUAAUAGGCGGCGACGGCAGAGCCUACGAAGGAAGAGGCUGGACGGGCUGCGGGGCUCACACCAUAGGCUACAACAACAGGAGCCUGGGCGUGGGAUUCAUUGGAACCUUCACUGUUGAUCAACCGGCCGAGAAUCAGUUAAGAGCCUUCGAUAGGUUGACGAAAAUGGGAGUCGAAUCGGGUUAUUUAGUAGAAGAUUUUACUAUUUUUAGCGCCAGUCAAUUGUCCGGUACUAAGAGUCCUGGUGAAGCUUUUGCAGAUGUUAUUAAAACAUGGUCUCGCUGGAACAAUUAUUCCAUCGCUACUAAUUAGUUUUGUUUAGUUUAAAGGAUA